CGAGGUGCAGCAGUGUGAUGACGAGGUACAGGCUUCCCGAGGCCCUCACACUACCCGAGCCACUUGCUGACUGCCAGUGUAUACACAGCCAGCCACUCGGGCACCCUCAGCCUCCCCCCAGCACUGUCCGUCUCUGCUAAGGCCAGCGGCGCACGGAUCUGUGGGACGUCUGGUGGAAGCCUGCAUAAAGUCCCUCAUCAAAAUCUCCAAAACUUGAAAAACUGGAUUUAGAAGAGCUGGGGGCUGGAGCUACUGCUAACACGUCCUUCCUCUACACUGCCAGCGGUCUAACUAACUAGCAGUGCUUCCUGGUGGCUCGGAGUGAUGGGAGAAUCAAACACUAUGCCUAAGAAGAAGGACCACUCACCAGAACCUGAAGACCAGGAGGAAGAGGAGGAGUACUCAGUGGAAAAGAUUCUAGACAAACGCAUCAGACAUGGUCGCGUUGAGUAUUACCUCAAGUGGAAAGGCUAUGGCGAUGAAGAUAACACCUGGGAGCCAGAAUCUCACCUGGACUGCCCAGAACUCAUCUCAGAGUUUGAGGAGCGGCGGAAGAAAGAGGACGCCAAGAAGAAAGAAGACAAGAAGCGCAAGUCCCAGGCAGCUGAUGAUGCCUCCAAGCGAAAACCAAAGAAGGCAGUAGAGGAGGACACACGACCCAGAGGGUUUGACAGAGGGCUGGAAGCUGAAAGGAUUAUUGGAGCAACAGAUUCCAGUGGAGAGUUGAUGUUCCUCAUGAAGUGGCGCGGCACUGAUGAGGCUGACCUGGUCCCUGCCAGACAGGCCAAUGUGCGCUGCCCUCAAGUGGUGAUCAAAUUUUAUGAAGAACGCCUCACCUGGCACUCCUCCACAAAUGAUGAGGAAGAAGGCAACCACGAAGCAGACUAGGCCCCUUCACCCUCACCUCCACACCCAGAGUAUUUGCAUAAAAACAUUCUUGUGGGGCUGCCAUGGUUGCUGCACCAACUAUCACCAACACCAAUACACAGGGAUAAAGGGCAUAGAACUCUUUCCCCCCUCCCCUCCCCUCCCCCCCACCUUUUUUUUUCCUUUGUCUCUCUCUCUCUCUCUCUCUCUCUCUCUCUCUCUCUCUCUCUCUCUCUCUCUCUCUCUCUCUCUCUCUCUCUCUCUCUCUCUCUCUCUCUCUCUCUCUCUCUCUCUCUCUCUCUCUCUCUCUCUCUCUCUCUCUCUCUCUCUACACUUAUUGUGACACCAGUCUCAAAACCAGAGCAUUAGUAGCAUUAGACUUAUUUUUAGCUUACAGUCAUAUGGGGCAUCAUAAUUAUAUGUAUUUUCUUAUUUUUUAUUUUAUUUUUUUUAUUUAUUGAUUGAUUGGUUUUUUAUUUUGUAUUUAUUUUUUAUUAUAUUUUUUUAUUAAUUUAUAUUUAUUUAUCUUUUAUUAAUUAUUUUUAUUUAUUUUUUAUUUUUUUAUUUAUUUAUUUAUAUUUAUUUUUUUAUUUAUUUUAUUUUAUUUUAUUUUAUUCAUUUAUUUUUAUUUCUUUUUAUUUUUUUUUACAUUUUUUAUUUAUUUAUUUAUUUUUUUUUACCCCAUCAUCAUGAUUACUCAUAAUGGUCGUCAUAAUUGUAAUUGUGAGACAAACUGUGCUAUAGUUUCUAAGCCCCUUGGGCAAAUUUUGUAUGAACAUUAUCAGAUUGAAGUUGAGGAGGUUGGCAGCAGUUCACUGAAGCUGCAGCUAUUGUUCGCCGUCAGGGUGGUGUGACGCCACCCCCACCCCAACCCUGCCCUCCCUCUUUGCCCCUCAGGCUUUCCACAGACAGACCUUUUUUACCCAAUCUCACAUUGUAAAGCUGUUCAUGUGGGCCCCCUAACUGUCGUGUACAAGUCUAUUUUUCAUAGGAAUACUUUCUAAGUGAAGUGCAUCAGUCAUACAGACUACUUUCUUUUAUCAGUUGUCUUAUGAAUCUGUUUGUCUACAAAGAGAUUCCACAGUAGUGUUUAAUUUUAUACAUGCUUUCUUUCAUCUUAUAAAAAUAAAAAUAAUGAUUAUUA